UGUGGCGCGGAGGCCUUGACUCUUCGUUUCAGUGGACUCAUUCUUCUCUCUGUUUUUCCUUCUUUCUGAUUACGCGGACAGUAACUGCAAUUACAUGCUUCACCACGAACUUUCCUUUCAAAACUCUGCGUUUACUUGACCAUUUUGUUUUGUUUUUCACUUCUUUAAAGUUUAAACUGUAUCUUCUUUCCUUUUUCAUCGCUCAUAAAGAUAAGGGCUGAAGGCACCCAAGUAAUAUAUUUGUUGAUGUGAAAAGUCAAACUAUUAUUUGGGGUUCAUAGUUGAGACUGGAAACAAUAUUGUAGCAGGAAGCUAUGAAUAUGGGGCGUGUGAAAUUUGUAAGAUUUGAAGAUUGGAGUUCAGAAAAAUCUGAUUCAGAGAGGCGAUUACCCUUGGAAAAUGGGUUUUAUUCGAGAAGGAUUAGGCCAACUAUAAGUGCUGUUAUAGAAAGCUUUCAGAGAUGCUUUGAAAUGGGUUCUGAAAAAAUUAAAAGCAUAAAGAAGCCAUUAAGAAUCCCUUCUCAUGUUAAUCAGUCAGCAUUGGAACCUGAGUCUGGAAAGAAAAUUCUUAACCCACAAAGCCAGUUUCUUCAACGUUGGAACAAAAUAUUUAUGAUUUCUUGUGUGAUUGCAUUGGCCAUAGACCCAUUGUUCUUUUACAUCCCAGUGAUUGAUGGAAAAAAGAAAUGCCUUAACGUUGACUUUAAUUUAGAGAUCUCUGUUUGUCUGUUUCGUACAGCCGUUGAUCUCUUCUAUAUACUUCAUAUAAUAUUUCAAUUCCGUACUGGGUUUAUUUCCCCUUCGUCUCGAGUCUUCGGAAGGGGCGAGUUGAUUGAUGAUCCUAAAGCCAUAGCCAAGAGAUAUUUGACCUCUUACUUCGUUUUUGACGUUCUGGCAAUUCUUCCUCUUCCACAGGUGGUUCUUCUUAUAAUCGCCUCUAGGAAAGGCCCCAUUGCAUUAAUCACAAAGGAGACGUUGAAAGCUGUUAUUAUAUGCCAAUAUGUUCCAAGAGUUGCUCGUUUAUAUCCAUUGUACCACGAUGUAAAUAGAACUUCUGGCAAUUUCACUGAAACAGCAGAGCUUGGAGCUGCUCUAAAUCUCUUCCUUUAUAUGUUAGCCAGUCAUAUGAUUGGAGCUAUUUGGUACUUGUAUUCAAUUGAACGACAAGAUAGCUGCUGGCGCCAGGUGUGCGAAAAAGAUCCGACUAAUUGUAAACAUCAUUCUUUGUACUGCGAACAUGGUAAAUCGAACGCCGGGUUUCUGAAUAAUUCAUGCCCUUUUAUUGAUCCUGAUGAUAUAAGUGUACCGAAUGGAUUCAACUUCGGCAUAGCAAUUGAUGCUCUUCGGUCAAGGGUGGUGGAAGAAAAGCAUUUUUCAAAGAAAUUCUUUUACUGCUUCUGGUGGGGUCUGCGUAAUCUUAGUUCUCUGGGCCAAAAUCUCAGAACAAGUACUUAUGUGGGAGAGAUUUUCUUUGCUUUCUUCAUAUCUAUCUCUGGAUUAGUUUUGUUUGCUCUUCUUAUUGGGAAUAUGCAGAAAUAUCUGCAAUCUAAAACUGUUAGAGUAGAGGAAAUGAGAAUAAGGAGAAGAGAUACAGAGCAGUGGAUGUCUCAUCGUUUGCUCCCUGAAAAUCUCAAGGACCGAAUUAGAAAAUAUGAACAAUAUAAAUGGCAAGAAACAAGAGGUGUUGAAGAAGACGCUCUAAUUCGAAACCUUCCGAAAGAUCUCAGGAGGGAUAUAAAGCAUCAUCUUUGUUGGGACCUACUCAAGAAAGUUCCAAUGUUCGAGAAAAUGGAUGAGCAAUUGUUGGAUGCAAUGUGUGAUCGUUUAAAGCCAGUCCUUUGCACAGAGAAGAGCUUCAUUCUCCGCGAGGGGGAUCCAAUUGAAGAGAUGCUUUUUAUCAUGAGAGGAAAGCUAGUUUCCAUGACCACUAAUGGUGGAAGAACUGGCUUCUUCAAUGCUGUUUAUCUCAAGGCAACUGAUUUCUGUGGAGAAGCUCUUCUUACGUGGGCCUUGGACCCCCAAUCCUCCACCUAUCUUCCCAUCUCAACUAGAACUGUACAAGCUCUAUCAGAGGUUGAAGCCUUUGCUCUCAUGGCUGAGGACUUGAAAUUUUUUGCCUCUCAAUACCGGCGUCUUCACAGCAAGCAGCUUCAGCACAGUUUCAGAUUCCACUCGGUACAGUGGAGAACAUGGGCAGCAUGUUUUAUACAAGCAGCUUGGCGCCGGUACUGCAGGAAGAAACUUACAAAAUCCUUACGCGAAGCAGAAGAUAGACUUCAAGAUGCUCUGGCAACAGAGACGGGCCCCACUAGCCUUGCUGCAACCAUCUAUGCAUCAAAGUUUGCGGCCAAUCUACUACGACCGUUGCGGCAGAAUGGUGGACGCAGCACGAGAUUGGCUCAGAGGUUACCACCACUCAUACCUCAAAAGCCUACUGAGCCUGACUUUACGGCCAAAGACUUCUAGAGAGGUGGAACUGUCGAGUAUUUUAAUGUUCAGUGGUUUGUCCAGAUUUUUGUUCUAUCAUGUAAAGUUAUAAUGUGCAAUUAGUUAUUUAUCGAGUCUGAAGCAAGCACUACGUUUGGAUUUA